UAGCACUUAUCUUUAAUAUUGGUGCUAUCGCCUUUGCUUUGCCAAUCCUAAUGCUUCUCCGUGGUUGAUUUCCAAGUUGUUAACCACCCACCAUCACCAACCACACCCAUAUCAGCGAUGACCGACUCCGGCAAAUCCUACCACCGCUCAUGCACCGGACCAGCUUUCCAAACUGCCGAACAACACGCCCAAGACCAAGACAUCACCCUCUUCGCAAGCUGUUUCUGCCCAUUCGUACAACGUGUAUGGGCUGCGCUGGAAUAUCUUCAGAUUCCGUACAAGUACUAUGAAGUCGAUCCCUACCAAAAACCACAAGAACUGCUAAACGUCUCGCCAAAAGGUUUAGUACCGGCGCUCAUGCUCAACGCUUUCGAUCCGCCUCGCGCGCUUAAUGAAAGCACCGUCAUCCUUGACUUUCUCGAAGAUAUCGCUGCAAAAUAUACGCAUAAGAGUCUCUUCCCGCCAUCAACAGAUCCAUAUGCGAAAGCGCUUGUCCGCCUUCAAUCAGAUCAUAUCAGCCGAACGCUUGUGCCUGCGUUUUACAGGUACCUUCAAGCUCAAGACCCAGAGGCGCAAAUCUCCGGAGGGAAAGAGUUUCAUGCAGCUAUUGAAUCAUUGGUUGAGCUUUUUGAGCGCGCAGAAAGAGAGGUAGGGGGGACGGGGCUUUGGGUUGAAGGUGGCGAUUUAGGAUGGGCGGACGUCGUUGUCGCACCGUGGAUCUUCAGAGCGACUAACGCACUGAAACACUAUCGUGGCUUUGAAAUGCCGCGUGGAAUAAAGUUUGAAGCUUGGUUGGGGAGACUUUUCGAGCAUCCAGCGUUUAAGAAGACUUGCAGUGAUGAAGAGCUGUAUCUGGACAGCUAUGAGCGAUAUGCGUUCAACCGCCCGAAUACGAGCCAGGUGGCUAAUGCGAUCAACAGUGGGAGGGGGUUACCUUGAGCAACGGACACACAGUAAUCCAAUUUGU